UUCUCAUCCACAGAUUUCAUGUGGCAGGGAAGGAAGGUGUGCCCAGAUGGCCACAUCCCCAAUUCUGCCCCCAGUCCUUAUAAAACCCUGAUGAGAGGAUGGUGGGGACUUUGAGGCAGGAGGCUGCCAGCCACAGGAUCCUUGGCUUCCUUCCUUCCUGAGAGACGGAGUUGGACAGAUAACGCCUUAGCAGAAGAGGCGUUUUGCAAUUACCUUGCACAGAGAGACAGAGAGAGAAAGAGGCACAGAGAGAAACAGGAAUUAACGGCAGCACUUUGGCCUGAGAGGGUAAUGCCUGACCGCUGAUCGGACCCAUGGCUGCCCUGAAGGAGCCCUGGACAAGCCCCCUGGGAGGCGCCAUCCUCUUCCUUCUGCUGCCUGGAGGUGGGUGGCCAGUCCUGACCUUGCCCUGCAGCCACAUCGCCCUUGAUGCCCCUGUUGUGCGCUGGGGAGGCAGGGUCUCAGCCUCCUGCACUGUCUGGACCCACCGGUGUGCAUUCCCAGGGGAAGGGGCCACCCAGGUGAUGUGGAGGUGGGAUGAAGAACUCUUCGCUGGGAACCAGCAGAGCCUGGGCAAUGGGGUAGAAGUCUCCAACAUCACCAUUGGGCCCCUCAACCGUACUGUGACCACAGUCAGCUGUUUGGUGAAGAGGAAAAUGGAGGUGGCCCAAUUGAUCAACCUCACCCAAGUCCAGGCCGGAUAUCCUCCAUCGGAGCCCCAGAACAUGACCUGCAUCAUGAAUGUGACCACAAAGAACCUGACCUGUCACUGGGACCCAGGACAAGACAGUCUCCUUCCGACCAAGAUCGCUCUCCAUGGUGUCCAGACUGACAAGAACUGCACCAUCCACCGGGCGACCAUUUCUCCCUGCGUCCCUCCGUCUGGCCAGAGUUUCUGCACCAUUCCUCGCCAUGAUUUCCAGCUCUAUCAGUUUGUGAGGCUCUGGGUCUCAGUGGAGAAUGACUUGGGAGCCACAGCAUCGAGGCCCCUCUGUGCCGACCCCAUGGAUUUAGUCAAGCUGGAUCCUCCUGUCCUACAAGCACUGCGUUCUCACCCAGAAGAGACCAACUGUGUGGAGGUGUCUUGGGAGGGAGCCGAGGGCAGCGGCCGGUACAUGCACCAGGACUGCCAGCUCCGCUUCCAGACAGAGCUGGACCAAGAGUGGGCCCUGGCCGAGUUUCCCAAUGUCGCCCCCUUCACCUGGAAAACCCAACACUGCGGCUUUCGUUAUGGCGCCCAUUACCAGGCCCAGAUGCGCUGCAGAAGGUUCCCAGUUGGCUACUGGAGUGACUGGAGCCCUCCAAAGAACUUCACUACCCAUGAAAAAGAGCCUUCAGGAAACCUUGUGACCUGGUGGAAGACAAAACCCAAAAGGACAGAGAAGGGGACAGAGGUGCUGCUGAUGUGGAAGCCAAUGGGAGCAGAAGAGACCCAUGGUAAAAUCCUGGGCUACCUGGUGACAACUGGGAGGUCCCUGACCCUCUGCAAUACCACCACCUUGCAUUGUACCUUCUCCUUGCCACCCGGGACUCAGAAGGUCCUCCUCAGAGCCUACAACUCCAAGGGACCCUCUCCACCCACCGAAGUCCUCCUGACUGACAAGAAAGGUCAGCCAGUGCCCCAAAUCCGAGCCCUCCCUUGGGAUGAGAAGAGCAUCCAGGUUUCCUGGGAUCCUCCAGGAACAUCAUCACCUGUGGCUUACAUCCUGGAGUGGCACAGGGUAACCUCCAUGGAUUUGCCAGAGAAUGAGGUGCAAUGGAUGAGGCUGGGAAAUGGGAGAAUCAGUCAAGGCUUGAUCCAAGAAGAUAUCCAGCCGUUCCAGCGCUACAACAUCUCAGUCUACCCGCUCUACAAGGACGGAAGGGGGGUUUGCAAAUACGUGGAAGCUUACACCAUGCAGAAAGCUCCAUCCGAAGGACCCAGACUCCAUACUGGGAACAUCACCAAGUCGACAGCCAGUCUUUACUGGGAGCCCAUCCUGAUUGGAAAGCGGAAUGGCUUCAUCACCAAUUACACCAUAUUUUGGAACAGCACCAACGAAGACACGAGCAGUGCUGUUGUGAAUGCCUCGGUGGACUCCUUCACCCUUCGGGGCCUCUGGCCUUCCAAGAUGUACCAGGUACACAUCAUGGCCUCCAAUGCAGCCGGCAGCACCAAUGGGACGACUCUCACCCUCCACACCAAGGCGAUGGAUGACAUGGACAUCUCAGUUGUAUAUUUGGUGGUAGGCCUGCUCUUGGCCAUGAUUAUUGUCCUCAUCUUCUGCUUCCAGAAAAGCAAACGGAUGAAGACACAGUUCUGGCCCAGCGUUCCUGACCCGGCCAACAGCAGCCUGGGCAAGUGGGCCCCUUCCAUCCUGCAAGAGGAGACUCAAAUGCCAAGGCAUAAGGGACCCCAUUCUUCAAUCCAGCAGUGGCCAGAGGAGACCCCUCUGGCACCCAAAUCUUGUGAACUGAGCCCAGUCAUAAUCUCGGCCAUCUUUGUGAUCGACACAGAGGAGAAAAAGUGUCUCUCCUGUGGGAAGAGUGACUCCGUGAAGGCCCUGGAUGACAGCCUCCCCAUUGAUGGCCAGGGUCCGUUGGCUCACAAGGCACCAGAUGCGACGCUGAUGUCCGGCCUGGUACUGCCCGCCUCCUACGUCAACAGUCCAGAGUCGGUCCAAUAUGCCAAAGUGGUAGGGGAGGCCUACCGCACGCAGGACCAGACACCAACGCCUGCUUUCUACAUCCGUUCCAACUCCACGCAGCCUUUACUCGGUGACCUGACCCCCAGCCCAAAGCCCUACGAGAAUCUCUGGUUCCACGGAGGCUGCAGUGGCCGAGACAGCGGCACCAGUAGCUGUGGCUUCCAGGAAGAGGCCCUGCUGGACUUCCCGCUCCUGCAAGGCCUCCGGGUCGAGGGAGACGAGGAACUUAGCAACUUCCGGAGGGUCUACUAGUUGCCCCUGGAGUUGUGAUUGUGGCUCUCCUGCCUUGGAAGACAUGUGUCCCACUCAGCUCCAUACCAUCCCUCUCUCUUUUGAGUGUCCAAGGAAAUUGAAUUCACAGCCUUGAUGUUUGAGUGAAGCCUCUUGCUCCCAUUCCAGAUGAGUUAUGAUUUCAUGGAAUCAUCAAAGUUUGGGGAAGGAUGAAGGAGCUAUACCUUGUGAUUGUGUCUCUCUAGCCUCGAAGGAGGACAUAUCCAUCAAAACAUCCAGUGAAAUGCCACACCAGCCAUAGUCUUUAUCUGUGUGUCUCUCUCUCCCUUCCUUCCUUCCUUCCUUCCUUCCUUCCUUCCUUCCUCUCUUUUGAGCAUCCAAGGAAGUUGAACUCACUCCCUAGAUGGUGGAGUAGUGCCUCUUGCUCCCAUUCCAGAUGAGUUAUGAUUGUAUUGAAUCAGAAAUUUCAGGAAAUGUGAAGCAGCUGCCUCAUCCUCCUAUGCCAUGUGGUUGUGGCUCUCAUGCCUUGAAGGAUGUUUUCAUCUAUGUGUUCCACUAAACACCACACCAGUCAUAGCUUUUCUUCCUCUCUCUCUCUCUCUCACCCCCUUGAUGAAGCAGCUAUGACUUGUGAUUGUGCCUCUCCUGCCUCAGUGGAGGACAUAUCCAACUAUACAUCCAGCCAAAUUGUUCAUCAGCCAGCCAUAUCCACCCCCCACCCCAUCUCUCUCUCUCAGGAGGCCAAGAAAGUUGGAGCAUCUUCAAACUCGCCUCCUUGUUGUUGUUCCAGAUCAGCCAGGAUUUCAUUGAAUCAUGAACUUUGCGAAGGGAUGAAGCAGCUUGUGGAUAUGAUGCCUCAGAGGAGGAGAUGUCCAGCUAAAAAUCCGGCCAAAUGCCACACCAGCCAUAGUCUCUCUUUCUUUCUUUUUCUAUGGAGGUCAAGGAGGACAUUCGAACUCACUUCCCUGAUGGGAACAGAAUGAUGCCUCCUCCUCCUAUUCCAGACAAGCCAGGAUUUGCAAAGCCCUUGAUAUUGUCUCACCUUGAGCCAUGACUUCUGCUGAACGUGAUGUGAGCCAUUUGCUGCUCCUCUGGGCCUAAACCACUCCUGGUUCAAAGGCUGCUUCUAGAUGUGCACAGACGCAUGCAUCUUCCCUUACUCUUUCCUUUGCAUCUCCUUUUCUCUCAAAUCUGAAUCAUUUCUGCUGCUUACAAUGGCCAGAAAAUGGGUGCAUCCACAUUGUAGGAUGAAUGCCGUUUGACCCAUUUGCACUGCCAUGGCUCAAUGCAUUUGAAUCCUGGGAGAUGUCGUUUGGUGAGGCACCAGAGCUCUUGGCCAGAUAAGAUCUUUCAAAACUAUAACUCCCAGGAUUCUAUUGAAGAGAGUGAAAUUUUAUAAGUGAAUUUUAUAAGAUUUUAUAAGAAUGAAAUUUUAGAAAAGUUCAAAAAGAAAGAUUGAGACGGAAGGGAAUUCGAGUUGAAAAGAAAGCUGAAUUUCUUUGCUAGUCAAAAUAGCAGCACAACAGGGUUUUAGAUACACAAUUGAGAAGAGAUCAAAGUGGGGAAAAGGAUCAAGAGGAGGAGGGCUUGAUGAUCUGCAAGGAUCACUGAACUUUGUGCAUGUUCAAAAAGUUCUGACUAUAAAAGGGCCAAGCUGCAUCUCAACUUUGUGGAACUUCUUUGCUGGUCACUCUCAGUUUGGCUCUGAUCAGAAAUAAAGCAGUAGUCUAGAUAUUAAUUUGGGGGGGGGGGGGGGAUUAGGAACUCACCAAGCUCCAACACUAUAGAAUUGAGACAUGGCAGUUAAAUGGAAGUUAAAGGGGCCUCCAGUGGCAAAAUGGGUUAAACCUUUGUGCUGGCAGGACUUCUGACUAAAAGGUUGGUGGUUCGAAUCCGGUGAGCAGGGUGAGCUCCCAUCUGUCAGCUCCAGCUUCUCGUCUGGGGACAUGAGAAAAGUCUCCCACAGGGUGGUAAAACAUCCGGCUGUUCCCUGGGCAAUGUCCUUGAAGAUGGCCAAUUUUCUCACACCAGCAGCAACUUGCAGGUUCUCAAGUCGCUCCUGACACGAGAAAAAAAAAGUUAAAGUGGGGCCAAACUGCAUUCUUUCUACAGUGCAGAUGCAGCCCUGGUGGUAUGUGAUACCAGAGCAGGAACCCAUAAUGAAUAGGGUUUCAUGUGAUGGAAUCCUAGGAGUUGUGCUUUCUCAAGGUCUUUCAUCUUCCCUACUCAAGAGCACUGGUGCCUUACCAAACUACAACUCCUAGGAUGCCAAAGCAUUGAGUCAUGGCAAUUAAAGUGUCAAAGUGUAUUAAUGCAUUUGUGUCAACUUGCCCUUCCCAGUUGGCUCCAGCAAAAGCAAACUGCUACAGCUUGUUCAGGUUUUUGGGGUGUUUUGUGCGCUAAGAUCUGCCGGGGAGGCCCUGCUCUUGGUCCCAUUGCCUUCGCAGGCACAACUGGUGGGCACAAGAGACAGGGCCUUCUCAAUGGUGGCCCCUCAGCUGUGGAACUCCCUCCCUAACGAUGUUAGUUCAGCCCCCUCCCUCCUGGUGUUCAGGAAAAAAGUUAAGACCUGGCUUUAGAACCAGGCAUUUGGCGAAUUGCAUAAAUCACAGUGCAAUAUAGAACCGACAUAAAUGAAAACAGCAUGAACGCCAAGUACCAGUCUAGGUGCUAUGUUUUAAUAGUUUUUAAUUGCAUUCAUAUUUUUUAUUUUAAUGUUUAAUGUAGUUUUAUAUUUUGUGUUGCAAUGCUGCAUUGUCAAAACAGUAUGGCACUCUUGAGUCCCCUUUGGGGUGAGAUAGAGCGGAGUACAAAUAUCUUAAAUAAAUAAUUUUCCACCCUCAUUAAUAGCUUUUGCCAUCCUAGCCAUUCAGAUCCCAGUGUUUAGCUUUGAAAUGUCGGAGAGGAUGGCGAUGAUGAGAAAAUUGUAAAUUGUCUUUAUAUUCCUAUGGGAGGGGGAGUUUGAUGUUCCAUUGGACAAAGGGCAGCAAACACGUACAAAGAAAAAUUGAGAACCGAGAAAAAGAAAAUGAGUUUCCCUUCCUUUUCAUUAUUACUGGAACCAAGGAAGAAGAGUUUAGAGUGAAAACCAAGUUUUUCCCAAAGUAUUUUAUCUUCACUAUUGCUGCUAUUUAUCUGUAAAUAGUGUUGCAAAUUAAAGGUGCUUUGUAAUGUU